AUGUUUCAAGCUGGGGGCCUCAUUGUCUUCUGUGGGCUGCUGGCCCAGCUGGAAGGCCUAUACUUGCCUGAUGCCAUUACCCUGCCCCGGGAUCUGCAUCCACAGCCGGUCUCAGAUCUCAUUACAAACUUGAAGACUGCUCUCAGCGGAAACCUGCUCGCUGGAGGGCUGUUGGAUGAUCUCACACAGCUUCCUCUGCUGGACAGCCUGAAGGGGGAGGCUGGCACUUCUGGUGGCAUGGUUGGUGGCCUGGUUGGUGGCCUGCUUGGGAAAGUGUCUUCAGGGGUCUCUCUCCUGACGGACAUCAUUGAUCUGCAGAUCACUAAUACCAAGAUGCUGGAACUUGGCCUUGAGCAGAGCCCCGAUGGCCAUCGUCUCUAUGUCACCAUCCCUCUGGGCUUGGUCCUUAAUGUGAAAACGCCCCUCGGGAGUGUGUUAAAGCUGUCUGUGAAGCUAAACUACACAGUAGAAGUCAAAGCUGUGAGAAAUGAACAGGGGGAGACUCACUUGGUUGUUGGCAACUGCGCUCACCGCCCUGGCAGUCUGGACAUCUCACUGCUUAAUAGAGUUGGUUUACUCCCCAUUCAAAACCUAGUUGACGAGUUCAGUGGGGUCUUGACUAAAGUCCUUCCUGAGCUGGUGCAGGACAGGGUGUGCCCUCUGUUCAAUAAGAUUCUCGAGGGAUUGGACAUAACACUGGUGCAUGCCAUCACGCACAAACUGAUCCAUGGGCUGCAAUUUGUCACCAAGUUCUAA